AUCUUCACUCCUCCUCUUCCUCCUCCUCCUCUAAAGUGUCUGUAGGUGCGUUUUUGUGUCACAGCCUGAAUACACAAGAGUGAGAAGGAGAAAAAAACAUCAAUGAAACUGAGAGAAGCUUAAACUACAAGAUGGAGCUGAAGGUGUGGGUGCAGGGCGUGGUCAGAGUGGUGUGCGGCCUCUCAGAAAACACUUCCUGUCAGGACGUGGUCGUAACACUCGCACAAGCAAUCGGUCAGACAGGUCGUUAUAUUCUCAUCUUGAAGCUUCGGGGGACGGAGAGGCAGCUGGUUGCAGAUGAACGUCCUCUCCAGCACUUGGCUCACCUGGGGCAGCAGGCGGCGGAGGUCCAGUUUGUUCUGCGGAGGACCGGCCCCAUCCUCAGUGAGGGUAAGGAAACCCCCACCAGAGAGGGACGUUUCCCCCUGCACGGACCCCCAGAACCAGAGGCGCUUAAACGCAAUGACCCACACAAAGCUCUCAGCUUCAGCCUGGGUCCCUCCACACAUCCCAAGAGGAGGAAAUCAAACAGGGAGUGGUCUCCGUCGCCCCGAGCCUCCCCAGAACCUAGAGCCUCCCCAGUCUCUUUCCUGGACCCUCCCUCCUCUUCCUCUUCCUCCAAAGAAGAGGUAUUCAAGCAGAUCCUGCAGCAGCAGAGGAGGCUGCAGGACCUGGACUUACGGCUUGAGGAUCUGGAAGGAGAGGCCGAGGUGCUGGAGAGGACGUCGGACACAGUUCUCAGUCUCACUCCGGCCCUGGAAGCAGAACUGGAGGAGCUGGAGCAGCGUCUGAGGCAGAACCAGGAUGACCUCAAGCACAGAGAGCAGUGGGAGCAGCAGUUACAAGAAGAGAUGGACAGAGAACAAGAUUUGCACAGUCGUCUGCACCAGAUCAACUCGUCACUGGACGAUCACAGUUAUCAGAUCGAGGAGCUCCAGUCCCAAUCUGCACAUCUAGAGCAGGACCUUCAGCUCCGAGCCCAGAAACGAAGCUCUCGGGCGGACACUGUGCAGCCGGAGGAGGCCCUGAAGCAGGAGCUGCACGUCCGCCUGCAGCAGGGAGCCGAACUGGAGGCAACGCUGUCACAAACACGGAGGCAAAUAGAAAAUACUCAAACAAGGCAGCAGGGCAGAUGGGAGAUGAUGGAGGAGCUGAACAAGGAUCUGAGGCAGUGUGAGCUGCAGCAGUUCAUCCAGCAGGCCGGCAGUCCUCACGUAGACCAGACCUCCUCGCUGCCCGGCCCUGAAGGCUACCUCCGCAACGCUGGGAUCAUGGAGUAGGAGUCUGCUGCGUCGGAUUAUUGGAAGGGAUUAAUGAAGAAGUAUAUUGAAGGGAUUAAUGAAGAAUUAUAUUGAAGGAAUUAAUGAAAGAAGGUAUAUUGAAGGAAUUAAGUGAAGAAGUAUAUUGAAGGGAUAAUGAAGAAGUAUAUUGGAAGGGA